GGGAUGGCCAACACGGCCAGGAAGAAUUUCGGCGGCGGCAACACGGCGUGGGAGGAGAAGAGUCUGUCCAAGUACGAAUUCAGUGAGAUUCGGCUCCUGGAGAUUAUGGAGGGCCUGUGUGACAGCAACGACUUUGAAUGCAACCAACUCUUGGAACAGCAUGAGGAGCAGCUAGAGGCCUGGUGGCAGACACUGAAGAAGGAGUACCCUAACCUAUUUGAGUGGUUCUGUGUACACACACUGAAAGCAUGCUGUCUUCCAGGCACCUAUGGGCCAGACUGUCAGGAAUGCCAGGGUGGGUCUCAGAGGCCUUGUAGCGGGAAUGGCCACUGCGACGGAGAUGGCAGCAGACAGGGCGACGGGUCCUGCCAGUGUCACGUAGGAUACAAGGGGCCGCUGUGUAUCGACUGCAUGGAUGGCUACUUCAGCUUGCUGAGGAACGAGACCCACAGCUUCUGCACAGCCUGUGAUGAGUCCUGCAAGACAUGCUCAGGUCCAACCAACAAAGGCUGUGUGGAGUGCGAAGUGGGCUGGACACGUGUGGAGGAUGCCUGUGUGGAUGUUGACGAGUGUGCAGCAGAGACCCCACCCUGCAGCAAUGUACAGUACUGUGAAAAUGUCAACGGCUCCUACACAUGUGAAGAGUGUGAUUCUACCUGUGUGGGCUGCACAGGAAAAGGCCCAGCCAAUUGUAAAGAGUGUAUCUCUGGCUACAGCAAGCAGAAAGGAGAGUGUGCAGAUAUAGAUGAAUGCUCAUUAGAAACAAAGGUGUGUAAGAAGGAAAAUGAGAACUGCUACAAUACUCCAGGGAGCUUUGUCUGCGUGUGUCCGGAAGGUUUCGAGGACAGAAGAUGCUUGUGUACAGACAGCAGAAGGCGAAGUGGCAGAGGAAAGUCCCACACAGCCACCCUCCCAUGAGGAUUUGUGACGGGCAUCCAGGUUCAGAAGCUGGACUCUCACCCUUUUAAGUUAUUGAGAGGACAUCCUAUAGAAAAUGUGGCCCAUGGACAUCAACCCCAUUUCUCCAGGAAGUUUUGGAGGAAGAAGCUGCCUGCUUUGAAACAGUAGAUACUCACUUGGCCCUUUAAAACGCUGCAUUUCUUGGUGGUUCUUAAACAGAUUCGUAUAUUUUGAUACUGUUCUUUAUAAUAAAAUUGAUCAUUGAAGGUCACCAGGAACA